GCAACAGCUGCAACAGCUGCCAGCGCGGCGGCUGCUGCAAGCGCGGCGUCCGCGGAGCGUCCCGGGCGCGGAGAGGCGGCGGCGGCGGCGGCGGCGGCGGGGCUGUCGCUCCUGGUGCUGCGGCGUCGGGGCUGCUCCGGGGGCGACGCCCGCCGCGCUGCCCCACCAUGGACGAAGACGGCGGCGGCGGGGGAAGCGUGCCUGAUGAUCUUUCUGUGGAGGAAAGAGAAGAGCUUUUAAACAUUCGUCGUAGAAAAAAAGAACUGAUUGAUGAUAUUGAGCGGUUAAAAUUUGAGAUUGCAGAAGUUAUGACUGAGAUUGAUCACCUGACAAGCGUAGAGGAAAGUAAAGCUACCCAAAGGAAUAAGCAAGUUGCAAUGGGAAGGAAAAAAUUCAACAUGGAUCCCAAGAAGGGAAUUCAGUUUCUCAUAGAAAAUGAUCUCCUGCAGAACACUCCGGAGGACAUUGCUCAGUUCCUUUAUAAAGGGGAAGGGCUAAAUAAAACCGUUAUUGGCGAUUAUCUUGGUGAGAGGGAUGACUUUAAUAUUAAAGUACUUCAGGCUUUUGUUGAACUCCAUGAGUUUGCAGAUCUCAAUCUUGUCCAAGCAUUACGGCAGUUCCUGUGGAGUUUUAGGCUACCUGGAGAAGCUCAAAAAAUUGAUCGUAUGAUGGAAGCGUUUGCUUCGCGCUACUGCCUCUGUAACCCUGGGGUUUUCCAGUCCACAGAUACAUGCUAUGUACUCUCGUUUGCAAUCAUUAUGUUGAACACCAGUCUACACAACCACAAUGUGAGAGACAAGCCAACGGUGGAGAGGUUUAUAUCUAUGAACCGAGGUAUUAAUGAGGGUGGAGACCUCCCAGAAGAAUUGCUACGGAAUUUAUACGAAAGUAUUAAAAACGAGCCCUUUAAGAUUCCAGAAGACGACGGGAACGAUUUAACCCACACCUUUUUUAACCCAGAUCGAGAAGGCUGGCUCCUGAAGUUAGGCGGACGAGUAAAAACAUGGAAAAGGAGAUGGUUUAUACUGACUGAUAACUGCCUCUAUUAUUUUGAAUACACAACGGACAAAGAACCCAGAGGAAUUAUCCCAUUGGAAAACCUCAGCAUCAAAGAAGUUGAGGAUCCAAGAAAACCAAAUUGCUUUGAGCUGUACAACCCUAGCCACAAAGGACAGGUGAUAAAAGCCUGCAAGACUGAAGCUGAUGGCCGGGUGGUUGAGGGCAACCACGUGGUUUACAGGAUAUCUGCUCCCACACCUGAAGAAAAGGAAGAAUGGAUUAAAUCCAUCAAGGCAAGCAUCAGCAAGGAUCCCUUUUAUGACAUGCUGGCAACUCGGAAGAGGAGGAUUGCUAAUAAAAAGUAGCUGGGACACGGGAGACUCUCACCAUCCACGUGCCAAGUGCAAUGCCAAGGAAACCAGCCUCAUCCUGGCAACCUUGUUUCUUUCCUGUAGCAUCUGUCUUUCCCUUUGCCCAUGUGUCUUCUACCCUUCCAUGGGCUCCUGGGAGGCCUUCAGAUAGAGGGAUGAGUCACUGGGGAGAAUGGACAACUUGGGAUCCGUAUGCCCCGUUUGGGAGCGUGGCAGAACCAAAAAUCUCCUGUCCCUCUUUAUGUGUGGGGGGCAUUGUUGGGGAUUGUGUCAAUGUUAUGUCCUUUCUGGUAGAGGGAAAUCUUUUCCUCUGUGUCGUUGAGAGUCCUGUUCAUACAGCUUACAUCCAGACUGCUGUGCAUAACGUUGAACCCACCGGUGUGACUGGUGUGUGAUCACCUCCCCCUCUCCUCAGCGGAUGAUCCCGCUUGGAAAAUUUCUCCAAGACGUUGCUUUUUACCCCAACUGGCAUUCCCCAAAUUGGUUUCUCUUGGGUUUUUAGUGCAAUCUUCCAUAUUGCCUUCUCUAGGAAGUUCUCAUUUUGCUUCCAGAAAACUGGAUUUAUGAGAUCUGCUGUCCCUGCUAAAAAAAAAAGAGCUGUUGGGGGGGGAGGGGGAAAAUGACAAACUGAACAUCACACCAUCGCCGUGUAAGCUGUCCCCCUUUUACACACGUCCACAUAGAAAGGGGAGAACUUGCAUGGUGGUGCUCCUGAAGCUGUCAGAUAUUGUGGAAGCCCCUGAUGAAGUGGUGGAUUUAGCAUAAAGCCUCAAGUGAAAAAAAGGUUUAUCUACUUUGGUCAGAAUGUACCAGAAAUUCUGAGGAUUUUAAUCUCAAAUGGUUAGAUCAGUCCAGCCCUCUGUUUGGAACAUAUAAGAUUGAGGGAGAACAGAGACAUUUUGCAUUUUUCAGUCCAUCUGAUUAGGAAUCCUCUGUUGGCAAAAAUAGUAAUAAUAAUCUGUAAACUUCCUAGUGAAUUAGAGCGCAAUACCAUUGCUAGGCAUAUAGAUUGUUUAUAAAUGUUUGUAUCUAACAGUAUUUUCUCAGGAGAAUCGUCCGUGGCUGACAAGUAGAGUAAGAUUGAAAGAAUUGCAUUGGUGGUCACCAACCUGAUGGUAUUGAGAACAGUAUUAACAGGGGUCCAAGCUGGGCAGAAACUUUUUGUCAUAAGGCCAGUAACGAAAUUAGAAAAGGCUUACAUUUUUAGAGUUUAGUUUAGGUUAAUUUAGGUUUAGUUUAGUGGAAAGGCCUCUUAAGUUUUUGGCUACUCAAGGUACUACCUUUAUGACGGUAUCAAAAUCUCCUCUUUGACCCUUCUUUCUGCUUUGGAACAACUGUGUUCUAAAAGUUGGUUUUCUCAUACUGGCCGCACAGAUGACGGUCUAGCCUUGGAUACCCGCUGAUAAUAUUGGGUACCUCUUCAGGGGUUGAUCAGUAAGAUGCAUCUGUGCCAUCCUGUGCAUUUUGGGAGGGGGGAUGUUGCGUAAGCAUGGGAACACAUUGCAUGCCGAUGACAGACCACCUUUUUUGGCCCAGGUGCCAAACCCUCCCCAAAUCCCUCUCAUAAGAACUUGCCUAAGAAUUUCCGCUCUUAAUUUUUCUUACUACUUUUGGGCUAAGAUGGGAACCUAUGUAUCUAUGCUGCCACCCCAUCCUUUCCAGGUUUUGUGCAGGGAACAAAGCAGGAGAUAUCCAGUUCAUUUGGAUGGAGUGCCUCUAUUGUUUGUCCCAGAUAUUUGGGGAAGGUGGGGGGGAGGAACAAAGCAUUCAUUUAAAGGCAUCAGUGCCCCUGGUCUCCACUUCUCACCUCUUCUCUCACUGAGAAGGUAAGUGAAAUGCCAUUUCUCCUGGGCACCAUCUUUGGGCUGCAAAACCUGGAAUCACCAUUACCGCUUGCUGGAUCCCCGCGCCAUCUAGUGCUCGUCCAGAUUUUUUGAGCCCAGAGCUGACAGCCUUGUGCUCCACCUCAGUUGCCUUGUGUCACUGUUAUCCUUCCAACCUUAGGACCUUGAGUUUUUGAGUCGUCAGGAUGCAUAGAGAGUUGAAUAGCACUUUAGGUUCAGCUGGCCUGACAGGUGCGAAAUGUAGCAGGGAGUUUGGGUUGGGAAGCUCAUCUGAAGAUUUUGGGUGGCUUGCCAUGUGCGGUACUAAAUUAAAAACUUUUUAAGCUUAAGAGUGUUUAGAAGACUUCAUACUUUAGAAGAAAAACCCUAUUUUUACAAAGGUAGAACAUAUCUUUCUAAGUAUGCUUGCUGGAAAAAAGGCUCAAGAGACAGAUGAAGGCAUAAUGCUGGCUCCUUACUAGCCAUUGCUAACGAAUCAAGGGCCAUCCUCCAUGGCGUAAUUCUAGAUUUAGUGGCCCACUGGAGAUGAUGCUAUGACUGAGAAGGAUGCAACUGAGGCCAUUAUGCUUAGCCAAUGUUUCUCAACUCUGGCAACUUAAGAUGUGUGAACUCCCAGAAUUCCCCAAUCAGUAUGCUGGCCAGAAAAUUCAGGGAGUUGAAGUCCACACAUCUUAAAAGUUGUUAUGCUUGAGAAACACUGUUCUAGGCUGGCUGAAGUUUUGGCUUAAUGUGCUUAGGAUGUGAUUCUAGCCUAUUAUGCUUUGUCAAAGAAUCAUGCCUUGGUUCCAUCAUGACCCGAGUGAUGUGUUCCUGAGACUGGCUAAUGGCAGUAAGGGAACCUGUUUUCUAUUUGCACAGGGACCUUUUAGGGCAGGUAUUCCAAAUGAGUGUGUAACCCCCCAGUUCUAUUUUCUUGUACAAUAUUUCUUAUCAACCACUAAAUGUAAAGUAAAUGUAUAUAGUGUACAUCUAUGUAUUGACUGAGUGGUUACCAAUAAAGUGCGCAAUAUAAUUCUA